AUGCCCUCCAUGCCCUAUGGCCAGAUGAGGGACCAGGCCCUCAGAAACCGUAGCAUCCACACCCAGCUGAUGGAGAUGGUGCUGUCCUUGCGGCAGACCAUGGAGGAUCACAUCGCACAGCUGAUGACCAGGCACCAGCAGCAGGACCUGGCGCUGGAGAAGCAGAGGCACAAUCAGGCCGUCAGGGACCAGGAGGCCUUCCUGGGUCUCUUAAUGUUCCAGAUGCUCCACUACCUGCAGUCUGGGGCCACAGGUGACUGGAGCUUCCAACCACCUGACGCCUCCAUGGACUCUAGGGUCGAUGUCGGAGGUGGGCAGCAGGCCCAAUCAUCCAGGCAGACUCGCCAGAUGUUUUACCAACGGAGUGAUUUUGAAGAUACAUUUAUCAGCUAUGACCUGUCCAACCGUGGGAUUGACAUCUCUGCCUUAUACCACUCCAGCUUCCAGGACUACAACACCUACCAAGGAAACAAAUACCACAAGGACAAGAACACCCUGGGUUACAUCAACCUUGGUACCAGUGAGAACAAGAUCUGUAUUGAUCUGCUGGCUGAAAGGGUGGUUGUUCUAAAUGGCUGCUCCUCUGUCUUCUCCGCACUGGCCAUGGUUCUGUGUGAUCCAGGUGAGGCCUUUCUGGUCCCCACCCCGUCCUAUGGUGGCUUCAUCUUUCGUACCCACCUGUAUGCAAAAGUUGAGCUGGUUCCUGGCCACCUGGAGAGCCAGGUCACUGAGGCGAACGCCUAUCUGUUCCAGCUCACUGUGGACAAGCUGGAGCAAGCCCUGCUCGGGGCUAAGAUUGAGUACCCCCAAGUCAGGGUGAAAGGUCCUCUCAGGUACAACCUACAUGUGAUUAUAGAUGAGAUUUACAUGCUGUCUGUGUUUGAUGAAGCCAUCCCAUUCCAUAGUGUUCUGAGCAUGGAGAGUUUGCCUGACCCCAACAAGACCCAUGUGAUCUGGGGCACCAGUAAGGAUCUCGGCAUCUCUGGCUUCCGCUUUGGCACCCUGUACACCCGCAACAGGGAGGUGGCCUCUGCCGUGAGCUCCUUUGGCUACCUCCACAGCAUCUCUGGCGUCACCCAGUACAAGCUGUGUCACCUGCUCCAGGAUGGAGUGUGGCCAAAGGAGAGCUGCCGUUUGGGCAAGCUGGUGUAG